GGCGACUGCUGCUUCUUCGUGCUGGGUCUUGCCAUCGAGCGCUGGACGACGAAGGAGCGCAGCGGUACCAUCAUGUUCAAGAAGAAUGGACCUCCCCUGAGCUCGCAAGAGCAGUACGCGGAAUCCACCACUCCUGUGCGCGGUGAGGCUGAAAUCACGCGCCGCGUGGUGGAAGGCAGGCCGACUGGCAAUCCUGAAACGUCGGACCCGCGAGGGCCGACGCAAGCACCGGUCCAAAUGACAGACGCCGCCGUUUUCAACAACGGCAAGGAUAAUGUCAUCUCUGUGCAUGGGUACAUGCACAAGCAAGGGAAGCGGUCGAUCAAGGGUCCAAUCCACAAGAGCUGGAAGAAGCGCUACUUUGCGCUGGAAAAAGCCAAGAUCUACUAUUUCCAAACACAUUUGGAGUGCCGACAGUACUUUACGACGCGUAAUGUGGACUUGGUCGUGGGUGCGAUCGAACUGAAGGACGCCCUGCAGCUGCGCCCAUCGGCGCGUCUUGAUCUUCCGACCAAAGGGUUCGAAAUUCACACGAAGCGUCGUGUGUGGGUGUUGUGUCCAGAGAGCGACGAAGAGUACCGCAUGUGGUUUCAAGGCGUUGAACAAGCCAUCGUGGCGAACGGUGCGGGCAACGUCAUUGAGCGCAAGCUGCCCAACGUCCGCAAGUAUGAAAUGAAGGGCACUGGCACGUACCGGGUGCUCUACUUGCUGUUCAUCCUGGCGGGUCUUGUUGAGCUGACAGGCUUUGUGUUUUGGUUUGUUGUCGGGUUGCAACCCUGUGACCAGGCUCGGCUGACCGUGUCGUGCGAUAUUAUCACGCAGCAAUCCAUGGACGACCUCCACUGCAUGAACCGUCCGUUCAACGGCGUGUUCCAACCUCCGCGAUGGUGGCUCGAGUUUGCCGGAGUCCAAGACGUUGUGUGCUUUGCCAAGCCCCCGAUCGCGCAAUGGGUUUCGUACUUCAGUUUGUUGGCGGCCGAAACGCUCAGUUUUGUGCUCGGGGCGAUCUACUACCUUGGCAUGUGGAAACCUGUGCGUCGCGGCGCGCACUAUUUGGAUGAGUUUGAGCCCAAGCUACCCGACGAGCAGUGGCCCAAGGUCGACGUGUUUAUCUGUCACUACUCUGAGCCUGCAGAAGAAACGAUCGAUACGUUGGCGGCUUGCAUGAAUUUGCAAUAUCCGCCCCACUUGCUCCAAAUUUACAUCCUCGACGAUGGGUACUGCAAGGCCAAGUGGACUAAGGGCAACCCCGUCCCGACGAUCGAACUCAACAAGAGCGUCCUUGAGAGCGCUGGAGACCUCCGCCAGGAAGUAGCUCAGUUCAUGUACGAUCGCGUGUGCGACCCGAACGAAGAGAUGGAAGUGUACGCGUGGCGCAAGCUCCACUCGGCGGCCAAUCUCCCUACUGCAUCGCGUCCGCGUGUUGUCAACCGCGCCGACUGCGCGGCCGGAUCUUUCCGCGAUGACUACCGCUACAGUGGCUUGCCACACGUGACAUUUGUCGGUCGUGUCAAGCCCCCCACGCACUACUCGAAGGCCGGGAACAUCAACAACGCGUGCUUCAAUGAAGGCGCGAACGGGCGAUACUUGGUUAUUCUUGACAACGACAUGCAGCCGCACCCUAAGUUUAUCUUGGCGACGUUGCCAUUUUUCUUUGACUCGGAAGAUCGGACGAACGCGGGCAAGUUUGCAUGCUGCACGACCGGAUGCAACCGCGUCGCGCGCAUGGUGUGCUCGUCGUGCAAGAUUGCUGGCGUUCCUGAAGACCAAAUCAGCUACUGCUCCAAGCAGUGCUUUGAAAACGCCAUGCACACGGCGAGCGCGCUCCAUCGCCGCCAAGUGAACGGCACUAUCUCGGACAACAAUGCGGCCGUGAAGAAGGAGCUCCGGUGUGUGUCGUGCAACUCCAAGGUCGACAAGAGCGGGGUAUGCCGCCAAUGCCAAACUUCAGUCGACGUCCGCGAACACGACGCGGAGGUUGCGGACCUCAACUAUUACUCUGACGCAGUCAAAGACAACGCGGUCGCGUUUGUCCAGACGCCGCAGUACUUCCGCGAUUGCGUCCAAUUUCAAAUUGGCGACCCCUUGGGCCACCGCAAUGCGACGUUUUACGAUGCCAUUCAAACCGGUCAAGAUGGGUACGACUGCGCGUCGUUUGCCGGAACGAACGCGAUUUUCCGGCGCGAAGCGCUGGAUUCUAUUGGAGGCAUUCAGUACGGCAGUUUGACGGAAGAUUGCUACACGGGGCAGCAAUUGUGCGCGAUGGGAUGGAAGGGGUUGUACUUCCGCAAGGACUUUGAAGGCGAGAUGUCGGAGCGCAUCCGUUUGGCGGAAGGGCUGAUCCCAGACAACGUGGCGAGUUCGCUGGCGCAGCGCAAGCGUUGGGCCAAGGGCAACUUCCAAAUCAUGCUCAUGAACAAAAAAAAGAACUACUUCGACAAGGAAUGGAAAUGCCCCGUCACGGCUGUCCCCAACAACAAGAAGGCCAACUCGUUCAUGCGCAAGGUGUUUUACAUCAACUCGACCAUUUACCCCGUCAACUCGAUCAACGCGAUCCUGUUUUACUAUGUGACGCUGUACUUUUUGUACACGGGGUACGCGCCCAUCUACAUGGCCGGUCUCCGUCUGCUGUACGCGUUGGUGCCCAAGCUCUUGAUCCAAGGCGCUCUCUCGGCAUUGAGCAACCGCAGCGUUGAAAACAACGACGUCGUCCGGUCCCAGGAAGCCUGGUUUGUUUACGCGUUCACUCACACGUCGGCUGUGUUGGAAACGUUCUGGUGGAAGAUUACGGGCAAGGAGCCGACGUGGUUCGUCACGGGGAGUUCGUCACGCGGGUCGAUCACGGAGCUCCCCAACGUCCUCGUGUUCUUUGGCCUCGUGUUUGGCUGCUUGUGGUCAGUCAUUCGCUUCUUUGCCUCGUACAACUCAUUGCAAACGUCGCACGGAGCAUCGCUCUUGAUUGCGAGUCUCAUGAUGGGGCUGUACAUUGCCACGAAGCUCGGUCCCAGCGUCCGCAUGAGCAUCCAAGAGUACUUUGGGUGGAGCUACCAGAGCUUGAUGGACCAAGGCAACUUCUUUGGCCAGUCCACGAUCUCGUUUGGCCUGGUCGUGAUCACCCUGUGGGUGUACAUGGAGAAGCCCACGUCCAACCCGUUCUAGCCGGACUUGCCUCAAUUUAAUUUCCCCUUCGUUUAGAUAAGAAAAUGCAUAUGCCA